UUUACGCCCACGUCCUCUGCCCGUUUCCUUUCGGUUUCCUCCACCAUCUCUCUCACAUCAUCGUCGCCACCUCCAUUCGGGUCUCCGUUCCCUUCGGCCUCCGAUCCCUCCACGAGUCCAUCCGAAUCCGAGGAUCCGCGGCGGCGGCGGGCGGGCGGGCGGGCGGUGGUCGGCCGGCGAUGGCGCACCGGGUGGACAACGAGUACGACUACCUAUUCAAGAUCGUGCUCAUCGGCGACUCUGGCGUCGGCAAGUCCAACAUCCUCUCACGGUUCACCCGCAAUGAGUUCUGCCUCGAGUCCAAGUCCACCAUCGGCGUCGAGUUCGCCACUCGCACCCUCCAGAUAGAAGGGAAGACCAUCAAAGCUCAGAUAUGGGAUACUGCUGGGCAAGAGAGGUACCGUGCGAUCACUAGUGCUUACUACAGAGGAGCUGUGGGUGCACUUUUAGUCUACGACAUCACAAAGAAGCAGACAUUUGAAAACAUUCAGAGGUGGCUUCGUGAGCUCCGUGAUCAUGCAGACUCCAACAUUGUGAUCAUGAUGGUUGGUAACAAAUCGGACCUGAACCACCUGAGAUCGGUUCCAGAGGAAGAUGGUCAGGCAUUAGCGGAGAAAGAAGGCCUACACUUCCUGGAGACAUCAGCACUUGAAGCCCUGAAUGUUGAGAAGGCAUUUCAGACUAUCCUCACUGAUAUUCAUCAAAUCAUAAGCAAGAAAGCACUUGCUGCACAGGAGGCAGCAGGCAGUGGACCUCCAGGUCAAGGAACCACCAUCAAUGUUGCUGAUUCGUCUACCAACACGAAGAAAGGAUGCUGUUCUUCCUAGGAGCAAACAAAGAUAUGUUGAUGAUGCAAAAGGAAAGUAUUAUGGAUCUUACAACACUCUAGGUGUUAUGUAGGUUGCUUUGACUCCUUUUGGCCUGUAACUCUGGUGGGGUUGUAAUCACAAUUCAUACUUGUGCAAAGAAAUUCCAAUCUCAGGUAGAUAUGAUGUGUAGUUCCGAAAUUUUGGUAGAGACUGGUGUUUGGCAGACUUCCUUUGAGAGUGUGUUUUCUUUCAGUGUUCUAUCCUAAUAUAGUCUUUCUACUGAAAAACAAAAUCAGGUAUUUCUUGUAUUUCUACAUGAGCUUGUGGUGUUAUCCGACAUUUUGGUUUCUGUGCUA